AUGCCACGUGAAGAAGAUUCAAAGCAAAAAGCGGAAGAAGCCGCGAAAGCAGCAGCAGCGAAGGCUGCUGAGGAGAAGCAGAAACGCGAGGAUAGGGCAGCUGUCACUAAA